CUGCUGUUUGGCUGCUGGACGAUCGUCGGCGUCGUACCAAGAAUGUAGGGGAACACGAUGCGUCUGGUGUAUCUGCACUCAGGCGAGUAGGCUCGACUUGGAUUAUGCAGGGCAGCGCGUUUGAGGAGAGGAUGGGCUGAGUUUGAGCUUGUCACUUUGAGAUGGGGCAGGUAUGUAUAUAAGAUAGACGCAUGGUCAGCUUAAAGGUCAUCACAACAGCUCAUCUCAUCAACACUACUACACCAACAGCAACUCAACCCUACUUCAAUAACCCUUCACUGCCUCAGUUCUACUUCUAAACUUUCAAUCAACACCACAAUCAACAAAAUGGCCACCUCCCACAUCGAGACCUCCAUCGGCAGCACCGACGCCGCCAUUGUUAUCGCCGCCCUGCACAACCACGACCUGAUGAUCAAGACCGUCUGCCCAGCCCUCGUCAGCUACUCCUUCGAUUCCGGCGACAAGACCACCUCCGCCACGUACAACGUCACCGACAAGAAGCCCAUCGGCCAGACAACCUACAAACUCACCCUCACCAACGUCGAGACAGGCGUCGACUCUCUCGUCAAUGCAAAGCCUCCCGUCGGCAUCCUGACCAUUGCGGGCAAGUGGCGCGUCGCCGACGGCAAGCUGACCGAGGACGUUGUCAUUGAUGGUAACUUCAUGAUGAAGAAGGUUGCCAAGGGAAACGUCGAGAAGACGCACCCUGAGCAGCACGCCAAGCUGAUCGAGGCUGCCAAGUCAUGAACUCGUAGAAGGGACGUUGUAGCGAUUUAACAGGCUUCGGCUUUUUGUUUGGAGCGGCAUU